CUCCGUUGGGUCCCUCGAGCGUCCACUCGUGCAGCUCGAAAGACACCUGAAGACGCAGAGCAGCAGAUAUACGAGCUCUUCCUGCGGCUAGCACUCUGGGUGCGGGAUAGCGCAGUUGAUCACCCCUCCCUCUUGAUUAACUUCGACCAGACUCAAGUCAUCAUGGCCGACAGCACGGCAAAUACGUUUGAGGUUGAGGGCUCUAAGCAGGUUGAGGUGCUCGGAAAGGAAGAAAAGCGUGCGUUUACCGCUGUCCUUGCUAUCUCAGCGUCAGGCGAUGUUCUCCCCAUCCAGUACAUAUUCAAGGGAUCCACCAACCGCUCUCUCCCCUCAGCGUCAGCUCCCCGGAUGUCUGAAGCCUCUGACCUGGGGUUCUUGUACUCGCUUAAUCGCCUCAAUUAUUGGUCCGAUCUCCGUACUAUGCAGCAGUUCAUCGAGCUCGUAGUGGCUCCGUACUUCACACGUCAGAAAGAGCUCCUCGGCUACCCUCCCGACCAGGAAUGCACUAUUCUGCUGGACUGUUGGUCUGUUCAUCGUGGUAAGCCGUUUACUGGCUGGCUUCGCAAGUCGUACCCCUGGCUGCGUCUCCGGUUCGUUCCUGGUGGCACUACC